UCGACUGGUUGCCUCCCAUGCGACCCUGGUAUGUGCUCUUGGCCGGGUCUCAUUGAUCCGUGGGCCGACGCUCUAACCGCUGAGCCAAACCAGCCGGGGCUAAACCUUAGACUUUUAGAUUGCAUUAGUAAAAUUGGCUUAAGAAUUGCCAGGAAAAUCUAAAAUCCUGCAGGAUUGUUUUCUUGAGAAAUUGUAUUUUAGAGAAUCUUUGAUUUAUCUCAUGUUUACUCCUUAUCCCUGUAUUUUAUCCUUGCUUUUUACUAUGAUUUGCAGGUUUUGCUCACCAUGCCUGCUUUUUUGCAGAUUUUCUAUUUUGUAUACACGUUAUUUUGUAUAUACUGUAUAUGAUGACUUCGGUGAGCAGUGACCGUUCCCGAGGUGCUCGGGAAAAAACACAGAUUUCAGCGGCACAGGCAACACAACUACAGAAACAAGUAGUACAGGGGAAAGAAAAUUCAAAUGAGUCAAUGAAGAUGAACAACAACUUUAGGUCAUUUAGCCAAGCAACAGCUGAACAGAUGCGUCUCGCUCAAGUGAUCUUUGAUAAAAAUGAUUUGGAAUUUGAGGCUAAAGUUAAACAGCUUAUGGAAGUGACAGGAAAAAAUCAGGAUGAAUGCAUAGUGGCUCUACAUGACUGUAAUGGAGAUGUGAACAAAGCUAUCAAUAUAUUGCUAGAAGGGAAUUCAGACACGACUUCAUGGGAGACUGUAGGGGGGAAGAAGAAGAAUUUUGGAAAAGAAAGUUCAGAAAACAAAGAGAAUAGAGAGAAGAAAAGUGAGAAAGAAGUGAGUCGUGGACGUGUAAACAACAACCGGAAAGGAAGAGGUGGCAAUCGGAGAGAGUUUAGAGGUGAAGAGAAUGGAAUUGAUUGCAAUCAAGGGGACAAGAUUUCGGACCGUGGCAAGCGAACCCGUGGUAGAGGAUUUGGACGUGGCAGAGGGAGAGGGGCAGGAAGAUUCUCAACCCAAGGCAUGGGGACAUUUAAUCCUGCAGACUAUUCAGAUUCUCCAUCUAUAGAUGGGUGUGGGACAAAACCAGUAGGUUGGGAAGCUGCUCAGAAUGGUGCAGAUGAGGGAAGUGAACUGGCAUCAGAUGCUCAAAAUGUACGUCAGGAUCUGCCAGAAAAAAGUUCUUAUGGACACAAAGGGGCCUGGAAAAAUUCUGUGGAAGAGUGGACAACAGAAGACUGGACUGAAGAUCUUUCUGAAACAAAGGUCUUCACUGCCUCUUCUGUUCCACCAGAGAAUCAUGUCACACCUGCGCAAAGCAUUGAUCUGGUAGCCUUGCUCCAGAAGCCUGUUCCUCCCAGUCAAGCCUCAGAAAUCAACUCCUUUGAAACUUCUCAACAACAGGGCUUUGGCCAAGCCCUUAUCUUCACAAAUUCUCAGCACAACAAUCAGAUGGCACCAGGGACUGGCAGCUCCACUGCUGUCAACUCCUAUUCUCCUCAGAGUCUGUCAUCCGUCCUUGGUUCAGGAUUUGGAGAGCUUGCACCUUCAAAAAUGGCAAACAUUACCACAUCCCAGAAUUUGGACCAGUUGAAACCUCCAAGUUUGGGCCAGUUUACCACCACCCCAAGUUCACAGCAGAAUAGUACUAGUGCCGCCACAACCACUUCUUCUUGGGACCUCAAGCCCUCAACUACCCAGUCCUCAGUCCUUAGCCAUUUUGACUUUAAAUCUCAGCCUGAACCAUCCCCAGUUCUUAGCCAGUUGAGCCAGCGACAGCAACACCAGAUGCAGGCAGUCACUAUUCCUCCUCCUGGGUUGGAGUCCUUUCCUUCCCAGGUAAAAUUACGGGAGUCAACACCCAGAGAAAGUACCUCCACUGUGAAUAAACUCUUGCAGCUUCCCAGCCUGACUGUCGAAAACAUCACUGUGUCUGCCCACCAACCACAGCCUAAACACAUCAAACUCCCUAAGCGGCGGAUACCUCCAGCUUCUAAGAUCCCAGCUUCUGCAGUGGAAAUGCCUGGCUCAGCAGAUGUGACAGGAUUAAAUGUUCAGUUUGGCGCCUUGGAAUUUGGAUCAGAAUCUUCCCUCUCUGAAUUUGGAUCAGUUGCAAGCAGUGAAAAUAGUAACCAGAUCCCCAUCAGUUUGUAUUCAAAGUCUUUAAGUGAUUCUUUGAAUACCUCUCUACCAAUGACCAGUGCAGUACAGAAUUCCACCUAUACAACUUCAGUCAUUACCUCCUCUAGUCUGACUAGCUCAUCCCUGAGCUCCACUAGUCCAGUAACAACGUCUUCCUCCUAUGACCAGAGUUCUGUGCAUAACAGGGUUGCAUACCAAAGCUCUGUGAGUCCAUCGGAGUCAUCUACAGGAACUGUCACAAAUGGACAUGGAGGUGGUCAAAAUCAGCAGACAAUAGACACUACUUCAUCCGUUCCAGCUCCAAAGACAACAGACCCUCCCUCCACCCUUCCAUCUGUGGCCUCCCUGCCCAGCACCAGCCCCUGCAAUACACUUCUACCCUCUGCAUCUCAGCACACUGCCACUUUGUCCUCGCCUGGUGACCUGUCCAGCAGCUCCCUCUCUCAGCUUAGCAGUUCACUCUCGAGUCAUCAGAGCAGCCUCUCCUCUGCGCACACAGCACUCUCUUCCAGCACGCCACACACACACUCCAGUGUGGAGAGCACCCCUUCCCUCCAGUCCUCAGCCACCUUCUCAACAGCUACAACUUCUGUCUCGAGUGCCACAUCCUCAGGGCUCAGCCUUUCGAGCAGCAUGAACACAGUGAACAGCCUCUGCCUGGGUGUAACCACUGUGAGUGCCCCCAGCAGCAGUACCAGAGUAACACCCUUGGUGACCUCAGGCAAAGUGCCCUCCAACCUGCCCCAGGGGGUGCCUCCCCUGCUGCCCAACCAGUACCUCGUGGGUCCCGGAGGAUUGCUUCCUGCCUACCCGAUCUAUGGCUAUGAUGAGCUCCAGAUGUUGCAGUCACGGCUGCCAGUGGAUUACUACGGAAUUCCUUUUGCUACACCCACAGCCCUUGCCAGCCGAGAUGGGAGCCUUGCUAAUAACCCAUAUUCAGGUGAUGUCACAAAGUUUGGCCGAGGUGACUCUGCAUCACCUGCACCCCCCACUACACUGGCUCAGGCACAGCAGAGCCAAUCCCAGGCCCACCACACCCCACAGCCCUUUCUGAAUCCUGCGUUGCCACCUGGCUACAGCUACACUGGUCUCCCCUACUACACAGGCGUGCCCAGUGCCUUCCAGUAUGGGCCCACCAUGUUUGUCCCUCCGGCCUCAGCCAAGCAGCAUGGUGUGAACCUCAACACCCCCACCACCCCUUUCCAGCAGGCCAGUGGUUAUGGCCAGCACAGCUAUAGCACAGGUUAUGAUGACCUGACCCAGGGGACAGCAGCGGGAGACUACACCAAGGGUGGCUAUGGUGGAUCAUCACAGGCACAAAACAAGUCUGCAGGUUCUGGGCCUGGCAAAGGAGUGUCUGUGUCUUCAAGCACCACUGGCCUACCUGAUAUGACUGGUUCUGUCUACAACAAGACUCAGACUUUUGAUAAACAGGGAUUUCAUGCAGGAACCCCUCCACCGUUCAGCCUGCCCUCAGCCUUGGGUUCCACUGGGCCCCUGGCCCCUGGAGCAGCUCCUGGUUUUGCGCCCCCACCAUUCUUGCACAUUCUGCCUGCCCACCAGCAGCCUCACUCACAGCUGUUACACCACCACCUUCCGCAGGAUACCCAGAGUGGCUCGGGUCAGCGCAGCCAGCCCAGUUCCCUGCAGCCCAAGUCGCAAGCCUCCAAACCUGCCUACGGCAACUCUCCAUACUGGACAAACUGAGCCUGAAAAGAGGGG